AUGAGUGAGCUCUCGGACCGUCCGCCUGGUACCCCAAGCACUCCAAGUGAUUCAGUUUUGGGAGAAUCCGAGGAGGUUCAGGCGGCCACUCCUGUCCUUAUUGAUAUGUCCGGACAAGAGCCGGUCCUUUCUAAGAAAGAGGAGUCGGCCUCUUCCGGGAGUUCAAGCGACUCUGAGUCUAGCUCAUCCAGCCGGCAUUCUCCAGAUUCAGAAAAGAGGCAUUCUCUUCUUCAUGAGGCAAGAGCAUCUCAUGCUAUUGAAAAGGGGGACGGCUGGGCAGAGCCUUCUGCUUCUCAUAGGGAAUUGAACACCCCUUACUAUUGCCAUGUCCCAAAGGGCAAGCGGAAAGCCAUGGCCGAGAGACUUAGAGCAUUCAGGGCCGACCAUGUAAUGGGGUAUGGCUACAUGCUCUCUGUCCCGGACCCUGAGGACACGGUAGUCUGGCCUGAAGAGUCCAGCUACCAGGACGAGUAUAAAGCUAUGGAGAAGAUUACUGCCUCUAAGAAAGCAGUCGCUCUUCUACGCGCCGCCAUUCUUGGGAGUACGCCUGGUUCUUCCAGGAAGCAACCUGCUGAUAAGCAGGUACGAACCCCCCAAAGUGGGGCAAAGCAAACAAACGUCCAUAUGGACAAUCGACCUCCAAGAGGCGCCCCCUACGAGCCGGACCUGGUUCAAAUGGCCAAGUCCAUGCUCAAGGCCAUUCCCCUUGAGGAGAGGGAAUCUGUCAGGGGAGUCGACACCCUUGACCUAGAGUCAAUCCUGGCUCUUCUUUCUGAGGCCAUGCUCCGAGUGUAUGGUCUCCGCAAACCCAUCCAUGAAAAGACCAAUAAGGUCAAGAAUCAUUUAGAGGCGGCCAAGAAGAAGAACCUGGAGUUGGAGAAGGCUGUGAAGGACCUCCAAGCCCAAUUGCAGCCGCUGAAGCAUGCAAACCAUGCGGCCAAAGAACUGCGCAAAUUGAACAAGAAGCUCAAAGAGCACCUGGCGAACCAGGAGGCGGCCCUGACCAAGCAACUCAGCGCUAAGGCUGAGUCCGAGAAGAUAGCCCUAGUCCAGGAUAUGAUGGAGGACUCUGCUGCCAUUAUGAAGAUGACUUGGACAACCCUCUUCCCAGACUCAGACUAUGAGCAAUGGGAGUCCAAAUUCGCCGCCUGCACUGGUGAAUAUAAUAUCAAAAUUAUGCAGCAGGCGGUCGAUGAGGAGGAAGAGAAGGCGGAGGAUGAGGAGAAGGCGGAGGAUAAGGAGGCCGACUCCACUUCUGGGGAUGAGGACCAGGGAGAAGGCGACGAAAAGGAGGCGGACGCCAAUCAAGAGCAGGCGCCUGCUAAUGAGCCACAACAAGGGAGUGUGCCAGAGGAGCAAGCGCCCAAUGUUGAAGCCGAUCAGGCGGCCGCUGUUAAUGAAACCCCUCUCUCCAAUGUUUAA